AUGGAGCGGCGGCACGCGCCCGCCGCCAACCGCCGCUACCGGCAGCGCCGCUUCUGGGACGAGCUGUACCGGCAGGAGGGCGCCGAGCCCCGCGAGUGGCUGGGGGCGCUGUCCCGUUUCCUCCCGCACCUGCGGCCUGAGCUGCGCCCCACUGACCGCAUCCUCGUGCUCGGCUGCGGCAACAGUGCCCUGAGCCACAACCUGUACGAGCUGGGCUACACCGACGUCACCAGCAUCGACUACUCGCCUGCCUGCAUCGCAGCCAUGCGCGCCCGCUACGCCUCCUGCCCUGGCCUGCACUGGGCUGUCAUGGACAUCCGUGCCCUUGCCUUCCCUGACGCCACCUUCGACGUGGUGCUGGAGAAGGGCACCCUCGACGUGCUUAUGGUGGAGGAGACCGACCCAUGGAAUGUCUCGCCUCAGGCGACCGCCACAAUGCACCGGGUCCUGGCAGAGGUGAGCCGGGUGCUGCGCCCAGGGGGCUGCUUCAUCUCCAUCACCUUCGCACAGCCCCACUUCCGCAAGCCCCACUAUGCCCAGGAGGCCUUCGGCUGGUCCCUGCGCCAUGUCACCUGCGGGGACGGGGAUGCCGGCACCUUCCACUUCUUCCUCUACAUCAUGCGCAAGGGGCAGCCCCUGGCCCCCCCCGACCUGGCCCUGGGGCGCCAUCUGCACCAGCCCCCCCCACCUCCCGACCCACCGCCACCCCCUGCCCCCCCAGAUGAUGAGGACUACCUCCUCGCCAUCGAGCUGUGACCCAGGGGCUUUCCUGGCCUCCCCACACACAAUAAAGCCUUAAGCUGCUCUGCCUUCAUGGGUGGGGGACAGGGGACCAGUGCUCCCUCCCCACCCCACAAGCUGCCCAGUGAUGUGAGCAAUGGGGAGAAGGGGGGGAGCUUGGCCCCCUCCUGGGAGCAGCAGGAUGCUCCAGGGAGGGGGUGAUGCUGUGCUCCCUCCCAGCCCUUCCCUCGCCCAGCUGGAGAGCAGCCAGGGCUCUGGGCUUUGCGGGCAGUAAUGAAACCAAAUCGGGUUUAAUUCCACCCAUCCAUCUUGCAAAGAGCAGCUCCCUGUGUCCCACCCACUCCAGUGGGGGCAGCUGGGCUGCAGGGUGCCCACUGUCCUGCACCAGGACCCCUGGACCAGCCUCCCUGGCCAUGGGGCUGUGCAAGGACACCAUGCCCUUGUCACCCCCAGCCGGGUGGCAGGGGGUCUGGGAUGGGUUGUGCCAUAUAUGCCUGUGUACCCCCUCAAUUCCCACUCCUGGAUGCAGUGACAGCACUGGUGUGCCACACGCCUGGUCUGUGUCUGCCCGUGCCUGGGGCUAGCAGCACAGUGACACGCGUGUGCUGGGGCUGGUGACAGCCAUGCCACCGCAUGCUGGUGGGGCUGGCUGCAUGUAGGUGCUGCCAUGGCAAGUGGCAUCAUGGGUGUCCCCACUUGGGCACCAAACCCCCUCGAGGUUGGUGACACUGAUGGUGGGGUGCAGAGGGGACCCGUCCUUGGGGGGACAGUGAUGACACCAAAGAUGCAAAGCUGCCGGGCUGCUAUUCCUGGCAAAAGGCAUAAGUGGGUCAAGCGGUGGCUCCCUCCGCACCGGGAGCUGGGGAAGAACUCCAGGCUCAGCCCCCACCCCGCCAUGCCACCCCAUCCCACCAGCACCCUGGAAACAUGUUGGCACAUGGCAGCAACGGGAAGGAGCAGGCGCUGCUGGCCUCGCCUCGGUACAUGAAUGUAUUUUAUUCAUUGCAUUUUGUUCACCAGUACAGUGAAAAAUGGCAUUUAAAUUUACAAUGGAUCAUUCGUAGAACAUCAUGACACAAGUAUCUUUUUUUUUUUUUUUCUUUUUUUCAUGUUUUUUUCUCGGUUUUGGUUUUUGUUUGGGAUUUUUUCGCCAUGUUGUGGGGUUGGUUUUCUUUUUUGCGUCGUAGUCUCCAUAAAUGCCACUCGCAGGUUAUUGAAAAAGAUGGCGAGUUCCUCAUGCACAUCAGACCCCCGAGAAGCCUCUUGAAAAAUAAAAUUAAAUUAAAGUACAAAAUUAAAAACAACGACUCGGGCCGGUCCCUGCCCCCUGCUACCCUCGCACUCGACGAGGGGCCGGUGCCUGCCGCUGCCCCGGUGGGCUCUGCCCGGUGCUCCGGGAGGGCACUGCGGCGGCCGGUGGUGCUGUCCCACUGCUGGGGCUCAGACCGGGGGUCCCCGUGCUCCCCCCCACACCUUUGGCUUUCCUCAUGCUCCCUCCAUCGCUCUCGCCCCCUUCAUUUCCCCCCUCCCCUCGGUUUUUUCUUCUUUUUUUGUCUUUUUUUUUCUUAUGGAAAAAAAUAUGAACCUUUUUUUUUUGUGUUU